AUGUCGCGACGAACCACCGUCUGGUUCGGCCGGCCCUCUCCGACCUCACGCCAGCCCAGCGCAACCACCUCCCACGUCGAGCUCGCCGUCGUCUUCAAAGACAUCGCAACCUACCGCCCCUACACCCCCGGCACCGGCCCCCCGCUACGCCCGAUAACCCUCGUCCCCGUGCGCGACAGCACCGCCUACAUCCGCGACGAGUUCUUCGUGCCGCCGCCGCUCUCGCAGGACGGUAAGAAGCGCCUGCAGUACGUCGUCGGCUGGAGCGACCUCCCCGCGGCGCGGCUCGUGGUCGACGCGGAGCGCGUCGCGGACUAUGUGUCUCCCGCAGCGUACGAGGACUGGUGCGCGGCGCGCGCGGCCGAGCGGGACGAGGAGGAGCGCCGCAGGGAGGAGGAGGAGAAUGUGCGGGCCGUGGCGGAGGCGGAGGCGCGCGAACGGGGGAUGCUGGUGCUGAGGAAUGGGGUGAAGGAUACGCCGCGGAAGGAUGUUGUCACGGGCAAGAGGAAGCGCAGGACGAAGGCGGAGAUGGCGGCUGCGAGGGCCGAGACGCCUGUGCAGGAGGAUGGGAAGAGGAAGCCUGGCCGGCCGAGGAAGGGUGCGCCGUCGCUUUCGACGCCGUCCAAGGCGCGGCUGGAGGAGUUUCGGGAGCUGGAGACGGAGGUGGAGGGUGGUACGGAGACACCGGAUGACGAGGAGGCCAUCUUUCGGCAGCUUAAUGGGGACGAGCCAGCUUCUGCGGCGGAUUCUCUGGCGGAGGAGGAAUACGAUUUGAGGGAGGAGGGUGUUAUGCCCAUGGGCUUGGAGCCGCCGGUUAAGAAGCGGAGGAGGAUAUCACCUGGACCGGCGCUUUCGAGGUUAUUGCCAGGGAUUGAGACGGACAGCGGCCGAAGCACGCCCUUCAAUUCGUCAAGAGGAGCUACGAGCUCACCAGCAUUGCCGCCUCUACCUCCCACAUCACAAGCAGCUCGACCAGCACCUCAAACAUUCCCUCCCGUACCACAGGCUUCAGCAACAUAUGAGUCUACACCACCAGCAGGAGCAAAGAAGAUCACACCUAUCCAACCUCCAAUCCCACCCAAACGUUCCCUUCUAUCAAUGAGAGACCCACCAUCAUCAUCCUCACCACACCUCCAACCAACAUCCUCAAAAACAACAACACCAGCGCCAAAACAAUGGCAACCACCACCAAACAUCAAAGACACAGCAAUAACACCCCCAAUCAACGGCGUCGCCAUAAAAUCAAAACCGCGAACAAACUCCCUCUCCGGCACCGUCGUCUCAACCCCACGAACAACCGCCUCCGCCCCUCCAGCCCCAACAACAACCACAACCCCACGAACAGGCUUCACGCCCGCAGCCCAAAGCGCAACCCCCUGGAGCCUAUCCCGACCACCACCACCACCCUCACAACCCACGCCAUCAAUCGAAGCCGUCGCCACCGCGAAACCAAAACCAAAACUCCUCCCAAAGCCCUCCCCCUCAAAAUCCACAAUCAACGUCUUCGACCCAGACCGCGACGAGCUCUCCGACGUCUACGAAGUCCUGCGCCUCGAGGGCCUCCAGAUCCGCCACGUCCGCGGCAAGCCCGUCCGCUACUUCGCCGUCCGCUGGAAGGGCAACUGGCCCCCCGACCAGAACCCCACCUGGGAGCCCGAGUCCAACAUCCCGCGCUACAUGACGAAAAAGUACCUCCUCAACAACCCCACCCCCGUCAAGGGCAAGAACGGCAACGGCACCCUCGACAAGUACCUCAGCCCCGGCUGGUCGCAGCGCAAGUACUCGUCCGUCUCCGAGGCCUUCGAGGGCGGUGACCCGGAGGUGGCGGCGGCGCAGGAGGCGCAGGAUGAAGAGGCGAUGGAGGACGAGGAGGAAGAGGAGGUGGAGGGGGAGGGAGAGGGUGAUGAGAUGUUGGUCGUCACGGAUGAGCCACCGCCCAGAGUGCAGCCCACGCUUUCGUGGUGA